CCUUUAAUACCUACAAUUGUCCCCCAAAGAAAUCUACAAUCUUGUCUAUUUACCUAAUAAAUCUACCAUGAAUUUUUCACAUUUCGAACUUGCGACGCUGUUACCGUAGACGAAUUGGUGAUAUGUUCGAUUGCGCAAAGUCUGCGCCAAAUUAUUCCUCGCAAUGUCCGCCUUGACAAAGUCAAUGACCCCUCGAAAGCAGUCGAAGCUAAACUUCGGCUCUGCAGCGAACGGCAAGGGUGGAAAGACGCCCAUUGGGAAGAAAAAACCACCAGCAAAUGGAAAUAUAUUGAAUUUCUUCCAAAAGGUUGAAGUAGAAGAACAGCUUUUCUGCGCCGGCCCUACGAAUACGUCCGCUUCUAUCCCCAACGUUGCGCCGCCGCCGCCUCCACCGAAGGUCGACGAGGAUCUAUUCGGAGAUGAAGGCAUAUCCCAGGACAUUGAAAAGGAGGCGAGAUCUCCUAAACGGAGAAAACUAAGCCAUGAUGGAAACGAAACUCUACCACAAAACUCGGAGAGCACGCGGAGUGAAGAAUCCGAUCAAGCGAGGCCAACGGUAUUAGAACGGACGGUUACAAAGCCAGCUCGAAGGAAGGUUCCAUUUUUAAUCGAUUCCGAUAGCGAAGACGAUGAUAUAGAGUCCUCGCCAUCGAAAGAUACUACGGAUAUUGGGACAACUGCUGCCUCACCCGAAAUAAAAAAUGAAACCGCAGAAUUGGAUGUAGUCCCCGUACCGAACCUACCGGUGGACGAGAGUUGCCCGGAAACCCCAGAUAUUCCACCCCUUAAUAAAGGAGAGUCUGUAUAUGAAGAAUUUAAAGACCUUGAGGAUGUAGAAGGGCUAUUUGACGACGUUGAGGAGUAUGCCGAUGGCGAAGAAUUCCGGGAAAGACGUUAUAUGGAAGAACAGGCGCGACUCGAAGCUGAAGAGGCAGGAAACUAUACUUCCGAUGGCGUCAUGGGCGAAUUUCAGGAGACCGAAGGAAUCGUAGAAUGCUGUCCGUUGUGUAAUGCGAAUCUGGCUGGUAUUACUCCGGAUCAGGCAACGGUCCACGUAAAUGCUUGUCUAGAUGGUAACCCGAUACCUCUUCCGAAGCCGAAGCCGAAGCCGGAAAUUCAGACGCCUUUAGAAACGGUAGAUGCACCUCAGGUCAGCAAGCGGUUUGCCAAAGCCGCCGUGCCGCGGCCCGGUCAAGCCAACCCGAUCAGUAUCGGAAGCACGGCAAAUAAACCUACUUCGGCUUUUAGCAAGCUGAUGUCGGGACACGCCGAGGAUGCGGCAUGGGCUUCGGCCGCAGCUGCGGAACACGCGUCCCGCGGCAAACCUGCGUACAAACGAACAUGUCCCUUCUACAAGAUUAUGCCCGGGUUCUCUAUCUGUGUUGAUGCCUUUCGAUACGGUGCUGUGAAAGGCUGCAAUGCCUACUUUCUAAGUCACUUUCAUAGCGAUCACUACAUUGGCUUGACGGCUAAUUGGUCCCACGGACCUAUAUACUGCAGUAAGGUCACGGGGAGUCUCGUGAAGAACCAACUUCGAACUGCGGCCAAGUGGGUAGUAGAGCUGGAGUUUGACGAGACCGUUGAAGUUCCGGGAACCGAGGGGGUAACAGUCACCAUGAUACCAGCCAACCAUUGUCCGGGCAGUUCGUUGUUUCUUUUCGAAAAGACCAUCGGGAAGGGGCCUAAUCCAAGAAAGCAGCGGAUCCUACACUGCGGCGACUUUCGGGCCUGCCCAGCACACGUCAACCAUUCACUGCUAAAACCUGAGAUAAUCGAUACCGUCUCUGGAAAAGUCAAACAGCAGAAGAUCGACGUCUGCUACUUAGAUACGACGUACCUCAACCCUCGCUACUCCUUCCCUCCACAAGACGACGUUAUUUCAACCUGUGCCGAAUUCUGCAAGUUGAUAUCUGGUGAGAACAGCGAUGCAGCCGAAAUUUUAGACACGUUAAAGCCAGAAAAAGGCAAAGUCAGCAAAUUCUUCAAGAAGGAAGAAAAGAGCUCGUCGUCCGCCACCAAAGCAGAAAGCAGCCCUCAAAAGAACCGCCUCCUCGUCAUCUGCGGCACCUACUCCAUCGGCAAAGAGCGCAUAUGCAAGGCCAUCGCGCAGACGCUAGGGACCAAGAUUUUCGCGUCGCCAGCCAAGAUCAAAAUCUGCUCGCAGCUAGGCGACCCGGAGCUCGCGGCGCUCAUGACGAGCGACCCGCUCGAAGCCCAGGUGCACAUGCAGAUGCUGACGGAGAUAGGCGCCGAGACGCUGCAGGAGUACCUCGACGGGUACAAGCCGCACUUCUCGCGCAUCGUCGGGUUCCGGCCUAGCGGUUGGAACUACCGACCCGCAGCGGGCGCUGCGAAAAACACCACCACCACUGCUACAAGCAACGCUAACACCUCCCCCGCCAGCGUGCCGACUACCGCGCUCCUGCACGGCCCGGCCUGGCGGCCGCGCUUCGGGCUGGGGGAUCUCGCGGCGCAGCGCGGGAGCACGCGCGAGGCCAUGUGCUUCGGGGUGCCGUACUCGGAGCACAGCAGCUUCCGCGAGCUGGCGCUGUUCCUGAUGGCGCUGCGGGUGGAGAAGGUCGUGCCGACUGUGAACGUGGGGAGCGAGGCGGGGCGGAGGCGGAUGAAGGGGUGGGUGGAUAGGUGGCUUGGGGAGAGGAGGAAGGGGGGUGUUGUUAGGGUUUUGGAGGAGGGGGGAGGGGAGGGAAAGGAGAAGAGGGAGGAGAAGGGCAUGGGGAUGGGGGUUGGGCUUUGGGAUGGAAGAGAUGGGAAGGGGGGUGGUGUUUGGUGGUAG